CUACUAGUCUCUAAAUGGCACACCAUAGACAAAGAGAUAGAGCUAGGAGUUCACCGCCACGGCAUGCUCGAUGCCGUCGUUGCUCUUCUCGCUGGAUCUUCCAUGUCGUGUGUUCGCGUCUGGCCUCUCUCCUGAGGUCGGCUGCUCGCGCCUUCUCGCCUCCACGUAUGCUCGAGCGGUGUUUCCUGCUCAUGUCGUCACUGCGCCUCCCUCGCCUCUCUCCCUCCUCGCGUCUGUACUCGAACUUUAUCGUCUCUCGCGUGUUUGUCGCCGGUGAUCUUGCUCCUUAUCCCUCCUAUUCUGCUAGUUCUUCCUGUUGUAAACAUAAGGAGGAGGACUGCUGCAAUGCCGCUAGCUUAUCCGCGUCACAUUCUUGCUCCUUCUCUUUCAUGCUCUACUCGUUGAAAGACCACCGAAGCAAACCAAGGAUUUGAGAUGUUCCACGCAACUAUUGAAUGAAAAGUUUGAAAAAAUGAGCGAGGCAAAGAAGGCCAUCGUUUGCGAAUUAGAAUUUGGUGGUCUCAUGCACAUCUAGCCUAUGAAUGUG